AUGGCGUUCAAUGUUUUAUGUGACGUUGUCGAAACGACACAUGGUAAAGUGGCAGGGAAUAUUUUUAAGACGUUGUUGAAUGGGGAUAGUUAUUAUGGUUUUAUGGGGAUUCCUUACGCCAAACCGCCGGUUAAUGAGCUAAGGUUUUUGCCGCCGCAGGCCCUUGACCCUUGGCCUGAAGUACUUGAAGCUACAAAGGAGAAAGUACCUUGCAUCCAAUUCAACUGGAACAUCAAGAGGGGACGAUCCAGGGGACUUUAUGGACAAGAGGACUGUCUCUAUUUGGAUAUCUUCACCCCUGGCCUUGAUAACAUCCACCGCCCUGUCAUAGUCUUUCUGUACAACGAAUACUUCAAAAACUCGUAUAAUAAGACAAAAGAUUAUGCUCCUGACUUUUUUCUCGAAGAGGACGUCGUCGUUGUUACAAUAUCUCAUCGCCUCGCUGUGUUCGGGUUCCUAUCUUCAGAGGACGAGACGUUGCAAGGCAACGGGGGAUUAAAGGAUAUAGUAUCUGGCUUACAAUGGAUAAGAAACAAUAUCGAACGUUUUGGAGGAGACCCGAAUAAAAUUACUCUGAUGGGUGCUCAAGGAGGAGGGGCUGCGGUCGAUCUGCUCAUACAUUCGGAAGCGAGGCAAUUGUUCCAUUCAGCAAUCUUACAAAGUGGCACGUCUUUAUUCUCUAUAUAUUUGCAGGAAGGCGCUAGAGAACGCGCUUUCAAAUUAGCGGAAAUUCUAGAUCGUAGUACGGGCAAUGGCAAUACUCUAGUAAAAUAUCUAAACGAAAUUCCGCCCAGGGAUUUGCUAGCGAAACAAUUGAACUCUAUUUCCAAGGAUUAUAACAAGGAACAACAAAGAGGCCUGCUCCCUUUCGGCCCAAUUGUGGAACGCGAAGGUCUUGUAACGCGAUACCCCGAGAGCUCGCAGAAAAUCGACUUGCCUGUUAUGAUUGGAUUCAACUCUAGAGAAGGUCUAGAAAUGUCACUAGAAUUUCUAAUAGAGCAUAGAUACUUAAGUUUUGUGCAAAAAGAUUUUACACUGUUAAUGCCGUGGCGUGUUAAUUUCAAAUUUAACCCGAUUGAUGAUUCCUACGAAGAUGCGAUCAAUGAUUUGAAAAAAUUCUACUUUAAAAAUGGAAAAGUUACUAUAAACAGUGUUCCUGAGUAUAUUACCUAUGCAAGCGAUCUUACGACUUCAUCCAUAGACCGCACAGUGCAAUUUUACGCGAAUAUAUCAACAAAACCUAUUUAUUACUACCAUUUUGAUUAUUACAGCGAUUUGAAUGAGAAUAAAAACGAGUUGUUGAAACUGGCACAAACAAAAGAUGGUACAUGGGGGGCGGCAACAGGUGAUGAGCUGUGUUAUCUUUUUAAAUGUCCCAGUUUGAAGAAUGCUUAUUUACGGUACAACAAAACGAUGUCUGAAGAAAUAGUGGUGUUAAGGAAAAUGGUCAAAAUGUGGACGAACUUCGCUAAACAUGGUAACCCGACGCCAGAUUCGUCAGACGUACAGUGGCCACCUUAUAACAUCAACACUAAACAGUACCUGCAUAUUGGACGCAACAUGGAGGUCAAAGAAGAUCUACGUGGAGACAAGUUUCGGUUUUGGAGUGAAUUUGUCAAGAAAUGGGAAAAGAAGUUGAAACCAACCGGAGUCAACGAUGAAUUGUGAUCAAGAUUUCAUCGUUCAUAGAAAAAGGACACAAAUUUUUGUAGCAAGUUGCUUAUUUAAUUAUAACGAUAAG